UUAUUAACAAAUGCAAGUCAUAGAAAUAUUUAUUGUAGCCUUCGUUUGACAAUAUUUUGUCUUUUAAGCGAUUGGGAUAUUUUUAUCUUCGUUUUGUGUAAAGUAGCCUAUUGCCCGUCAACGAGAGAUUAAGCAAUUGCUGCUUCACCAGAGACCACUGAGAAAGUGUCCUUAAACGUGGUGUGUUGUGUAAGCCCUCUCAGGGCCCCUUUGCUAUUUUUGUGCCUUGGUCCGCGUCACGGUUGGGUAUUUUCUCCGGUGACUGGCUCACAUCAAUAGAUCUUCUAAUGCCUACUCAGUCAGCCAGCCGCGUUUGAUUGAUGAGGUUUUAUACCUUCCUGAUUUUUUUUCUUCUUCCUUAUUUCAGUUUCAUUCAUUAGCCCAAAUAUGCGGAUAAUGGACAACUGGAAUAUACAAUACGAGGAAUGUCACAUGUGACCGGCAAUAUGGGACAAGGGAGAAUACGACUGUCGGGUUUGUAUGAGGGGGUUAUGUUUGAUACCUCGGCGGCUGUUUCUGUGUAUGGGGUGGUUUUUCGGCUAACCACAGACCUUGAGGUUGUCUGCAUUUAAACCAGGCAGUAAUAGCCCACGCUGAUGGUUGUUCUAAAUGCUGUGUACUGGGCACUACAGUAUCAUAUGAUGGGGAUAACACCCCAGUGUCCCAAACAGUGUAAUCUUCUUAUUAUAUUCAUGUAUUUCAUGUCAUCUUAGACACCGUAACUACCCCUUCUAAUAAACGCUAUAGGCUCAGACGUGGGACUGCAGUAUGGAUGUUGUCCAUUUAUACAGUAAUUGCCUCAUUGUUCUCUUGCAGUAUGCUGUAAGCUGUGUGGUGCUUGUUGUUGUUAUUCUGCCAUUCCUCAUCGACUUGGAAAGUGCAUGCACCAUCAGAACCCUCCACCCACAACCAUUCACAACACCAUCCUACCACCCACCUCCUCCACAGUAGCACUCCAGUGUCAGUAUUGUACAAUGGGUUGAUACAGCUCUACUACCUCCACAAGGCAGAGACAGAUUUCUGAAUGGGGGGCUUUGAUGAUGUAUGAGCACACAAAGUCUGCCUGUUGAGUUAACGUGUUGUUCAGUGUUACUUUGUAUGCUCUGGAAGUGUAAGCUUCAUUCCCUCUCUCAGGAGUUCAAAGGUAUUCGUUGUUUGUGGUGGUUUGCUAGAGCUUGUCUUGUCUCUGUCUGCCUCUUUCUCUCCUCUCAAUGCCGAGAAAGGAUGGAAACAGCAAUGAGGUCGUGACCUUGAAGAGAGCAGGCUCCAGGGGUGUACAGUGUUGUCACCUCUGACAUCCCUUACCUCUGUAAACCUCAUCUCUCGGCACCCACUGGCCCAAGCGAGCCACCUUCAUACGCCUUCCCUCUUUCCCUGUCUCUCCAUGAAAGGCCCCCAGAAACAGAAUGGAUGACUGUGGCACAGAGUCUUCUAGAACCGGCGGCGGUGUGAGGCCAUUUGUCACAAAUAUUCGGUGUUGGUUCUCAGGCUUGCAGCUGCUUUUAUCUAGACAUCUUGAGAGUCACCUUGGAUUUCUGUCCUCAGGUUCAUGCCUGGGGAGCUGCUGUAACAAAGACGGAGAGAGAGGAGUGAGAGAGAGAGUGAGAGUGAGAGUUAGAGAGAGAAUGAAAGAGAGAUAGAGAGGAGAGAGAGACGUAGGAUGUCCUAAUUAAGGGGAACUCAGAGGGUUUGAACCAGAUAAUCUUGCAUAACCUCGUUAUAGUGCAUACAGCCUAUGAUACUGAGAAGAUAGAAGUAAUUUUCCUCAGAGACCCAGGCCCCUGCUGUGGAGCUUGUGUGUAAAGGCACUUUAGCUCAACAAUGCCUCAGACUGGCCCUGUAAUGACAGGCACAGACUCCAGUUGUAACUAAAGAUCAUGGAAGGAUGCUACUUGUACAAGACUGAUUUUGGGGCUAAACAAGAACAGAUCCCCUGGGUCUGUUAGUCGCAGGGUUACGGCAAGGAUUGCGUUUUAGUGUGUGGAAAAAAUAAGCCUCACACAGGCUCAAAGCUAACUUAACCAAACGCCAUGUUACGUUGUAAGCACUACACGCGCUUGCACACACGUUCUCACACACACACGCACACACACACACAGUUCUGCAGUAAAUGUAGGGCAUCAGCCAGGGGUAAGAUGAGGUUGUGGAGGUAUUUUAAAGGCUGGUAAAAAGACUGAUUUUUCCAUUCCAUUCCUGCUGUGCACAUUGCUCGUUAUACAUUUUAUACACCACUUUUUGUUUAUUUGAAGGAUUUUAAGAGGGCAAUCAUUUUGAUUAGGAGACUAUUAGCAUGUUUGAUUUGGUUUCUGUCAUAUUAGAUUCUAUUUUAUACUUGAUCUGAGUGCGAAAGAGUAAUAGAGUUGCUUUGUUUAUCAUGAAAGAACUUGGAAUAUUCUAUGAUUAUAAUUAUAUUCUAUUAAGUUAUAUUUUCCUUAGUUUUGUUUGUCUUUACCUGAGCAAUCAUUCUUAGCAUGACUAGCUAGUAUCAUGUUUUUAUCAACUUUUUAAUGUCUCAUUUUACAAAUUAUAAUUUCUCUGUUUCUUUGGUUUCUUUCAGAUGUCCCUGUCCUGCAGCUAAUUCGCAUAUCUGCUAAUAUUAUUAAGAUUACAUAACAGACAUUAUCCGGAAAUCGAUCCUCAAAGAAGGUGACAUUGGAUUAACAGGAGUCACUUGAAACUACAGCUGAAGAGAAAUGCUCUGUGUUGCCCCGGGGGAGGAAUGUUGAACAGAGAAAAAGGACAUCAGAGCCAGCAACUGUUCAGGCUAUAAGAGGAAGCCCCUGGGUGGAUUUAGAGGGGGAGGGACUCGAACCUACAACCUCCGGUGGCUCCAAGUGGAAACACAUGUGCAUCAUCAGAAAUGCCUCUCUCAGGGAAAAGGCAGCAGCCGUUAGAGGAUCAGCGCGCCCCCCAGCCCCUUGCCGCAGGCCAUCGUUACCAUGAGCUACCCUUGUACACUCCUCAGGAAGACCAGUCACUUACCUUCGCCAGACAGAAGACCGUCAGCCAAUUGGCGUCAGUGCCAUCCCUGGGAGGCUGUGGGCCCUCCCCCUUGAGGAAGUCCCCCACUUUAUCCCUGGUCCCCCAGCCACAGGGACCCCAGUCAGGCACAGAGUUGCUAUCGGAGGAAGUGUGUAAGAUAGAGCCGAAACCGCAAAAGCCUGGGAAGUAUGUUUGUGAUUAUUGUGGAAGGGCUUGUGCCAAACCCAGUGUGCUCAAGAAGCAUAUCCGCUCGCACACCGGCGAACGGCCCUAUCCCUGCAUCCCAUGUGGGUUCUCCUUUAAAACUAAGAGUAAUUUAUAUAAACACAGAAAAUCUCAUGCUCACUCUGUCAAAGCUGGAACAGUGCCAUUUUCAGAACUGGGAUCUUACAGUGCCAACAUGGAUCAGGGGUCCCUGGAAGGGGAGCUGUAUUCCGACGCCGAGCAGAGCUCAGACACAGACGAGGACACACUCACCGACUCUCUGUUAGUGGACUCGGAGGAACCAGAUAGUGUUGCCGUGAAAACAUCCCAUCUCAUGGCACAGAAACAGGGAUCCACAAUGACGCCGAUUGAGGACGGCUCAUCCCAGCUCAAAGAAAUCAAUGCAUCUCUUGCUCUAGCUCAGGUCAGCCCUGCAAUCCAAUCUAGCACCAUCAAGCAAAGGCUUGCGCUGCGGCUCUCGGAAAAGAGAAGCAGCGACACUGACCAGUCCCUCUCCCUCCCCAGCCAGUCUAGCAAAGGCAGCACAGACUCUGGUUACUUCUCUCGCUCUGAGAGUGCAGAGCACCAGAGCGGUCCCCCAAACACCAACGCCAAGUCCUAUCAAGAAAUCAUGUUUGGGAAGUGUUACAGACCAAGUCCCAGACAGACGGCUGUUGUGACUUGCAGGGCCAACUCUAGCGAUUCCACGCAUAGAGAGGGGAAGGGUUCAGAGAGGGGGGUAUCCCGUGUUUUCACGCAGGAGAAAGAACUGGUUGAGUCCAUCAAAAUAAACACAAGGUCAUUCACGAGAGAGGAGAUUAAAGAUUCCCAGCUGGACCCUGCCUCUGAUGCCGGGCCUCUCUUCCGGAGCAACUCCAUGCCCACGUCAUCGGUAGCCUGCCUCAGUAUGCCACAAGGCCUGCGAGGCAGCCACUCCUUUGAUGAGCGCACGAGCCCCGGAGGGAUGAGGAGGCUCCGAAGACAGGCUGCCUUCGAACUCUCCGUUCAUGAAAGCCACACCGAGACCGAAAACUUCGCAAACGUGGCUGAGAGCCCCCAGCCCGCACCGUCGGGGAUGGGCGGGGAAGGUCUCUCUGAGACGGUAUCCUGCGCAGCACUUCAGAAGCAAGGGCUGGAACUAGCGACGAGGAAACGUCGGAAGGAGAAAAGGGAGGAGGAGGAUUCUGUGGGGCCAUAUGACAGGCGCUGUGACAUGUCUGAGGAGAGGCAGGACUUAGCCAGGCUUUAUGAAUCACAACAGCUCAGCCGUGGGGCCGGGCACAGCGUGCACACUCAGCUGGACAGACACGACAUGGAGGUCUUAGUCAGCCCUGAAGCCAUAGGAAGAAAGUCUUUAGGUAAUGUAAUUUCUGUCAUUCAGCACACAAACUCAUUAAACAGGUCUCAGUCUGAACCAUAUCAAAGUCAGAGGCAGGACAGCAUUUGUUCACUGCAAACCGCAAAGCACGUUGAAGUGCAGGAGAGACUGAGUAGAGCUGAGAUUAUGAGGCAUCAGUUGAGUGAGUGUAGACUAGACCAGUCAUAUCAAAUGGGCCCCAAGCUAGUCCGCCAGUCCAACAUCCAGGUCCCAGAGAUAAGGGUCACUGUCGAGCCUGACACCCCAGAGAAAGUCCCGGAAGUUCAGGUAAAAGAGCCUGAAAAGCACGUGGAGGAGUUCCAGUGGCCUCAGAGGAGCGAGACAUUAUCUCAGUUCCCCCCCGAAAAACUCCCCCCGAAGAAGAAGAGACUGCGCCUUGCUGACAUCGAGCACUCCUCCGGAGAAUCUAGUUUUGAGUCGGCAUGCACUAGUCUCUCCCGGAGCCCCAGUCAGGACAGCAACUUAUCCUACAGCUCCAGCUUUUCCUUUGACAGAGAGGACAGCUUCAAGUCAGUCUCCCCAGGACGCCCUGAUGAUGGUGGAAAGCCGCUGGAGUUCCUUGCUGUGCCAGGAAGUGGCAACUCCCUCUUGGUCCUGAACCAGCGUCAGCAACAUGAGAUGAGACGCUCCUCGUCUGAACAGGCCCCGUGCAACCUGCGCAGGGAGCUCCCCGAGGCGCGCAGCAUGUCGUUUGACUACGGCAGUCUGUCUCCAACGUCCCGGCUUAGGCAUGGGGGCGUCGCUGGGGCUGAACAAGACCCGAGUCAUUUGGUGCGGCAGGAGUCCUUGAACAUGGACCCUGAAUUCACCCACUUGCGUCUGUUUCCCCAGUGUUACGGCAGCAGCGCUCUGGCGUUGUCAGCGUCCGCCGUGCUUUCACAGCCCCUGCCAGGAUCCGCAACAGGUAACAUCUGCCCUCAGCAGCCCCCCUCCAGCCUGACAGUCCCUGUCAGGAUACAGACACACGUGCCGUGCUUUGGUAGCAUCACGUACACCACCGUGUCUCAGAUUUUGGACAGUCACCACAAGAACCAAGGUGUCGGUUCCACCACAGUCUCUUGUCAGCCCGUAUUAGGUUACACCAGAGGACUUCCCUCUGAGCCACUAACAGUCCAGGUUCUCGAUCUGUCCCUGGCCAAGCUGAAGACAGGCAUCCCUCUAUCCCUGACCUCCAGGACUAUCUCAACCACCAACGCUUCCAGUGGCGGAGCCAGCAAGCGCGUGCUGUCUCCUGCCAGCAGCCUGGACCUGUUCAUGGAGGUGAAACAGCAGAAGCGGGUGAAGGAGGAGAAAAUGUUUGGCCAGAUCGUGGAGGAGUUGAGUGCUGUGGAGUUGGGGAACCGCGGAAUAACUGAGCAAAGGCACGUGUCGGAGUUGGGGAGUGUGUCCUCUCUGGGCUCUCAGGAAGAAUCCCUGGGAGCACGCUUCACCUCAAAGCAGCACAUGCUGACAGAGAGCUGUGAUGUAACAGACUCAGCCAUGGCUCGCUCUCCAGAGGAACCCAGCGCCCGGCCGUGUUCUCUGCAGUAUGCAAGCGACCCCCCAGAGGGUGCCAUGGACACCAAGGUGAAGAUGGAUACGUCAGAGCAGUUGGUGCACAGUCAAGACAUCCUGUUCUCCGACUGCAAAGGCUCCAAAGUGCUACCUCAGUUUGCGAGUCUCGGCACAACAACAGGUGUGAGCUGGUGCUAUCUGAACUUCACCAAGCCCUGCAGCUCCCACAACGCGCCUCUUUCCUCCGUAUACGCUGCCUGGUGCGUGAGCUCGCAUGACCCCAACCCCCCAGACCUCAGCACCUCGGCCUUCCUGGCCCUGUUGCGCUCCAAGCAGACGACAGAUUCCUGCGCCUACACCAUGGCAGCUAUGCAUCAGCCGGGGACGGGGAAAGUGGUGUCCUCGCUCCUCCUGUGGAGACAGAGACUGGAGCAGCUCCAGAGGAAACCAGAGCUGAGAGAGGUGGACCUCCCCUGUGGGAGGAGACCCAAGGACACCAGCUGCAGGGGCAAGGCUGCAAAGGAGGACUGGAAGGAGCGGGAGGCCCCGCCAAAGCAAGCUGCACCCACUCGCAUCAAGAUCUUCGAAGGAGGGUACAAGUCCAACGAGGACUACGUGUACGUGAGGGGCAGAGGCAGGGGGAAGUAUAUCUGCGAGGAGUGUGGCAUCCGCUGUAAGAAACCAAGCAUGCUGAAGAAACACAUCCGCACACACACGGACGUGAGACCGUACGUCUGCAGGGUCUGCAACUUCGCCUUCAAAACUAAAGGAAACCUGACCAAACACAUGAAAUCGAAGGCUCACAUGAAGAAGUGUCUGGAGCUGGGGGUGUCCGUCUCCCUGGACGAUGCAGAGAUACAGGAGUUUGAUGACCUCCAGUCCAAGGCAGGCGGACUGAGUGCAGCCAAGCACCAGUUUUCCGACGCGGACGACUCCGACGGCAUGGACGAUGAGAUUGACGAAAUCGAUGAAGACGAGGAGGAGGAUGAAGAAUACGAGGGGGACUCUACUCCUAAAAUGGGCUCCAGGAGUACGAGCCCCCAGCCCUGUGGCGUUGCCUCUCUGUCAGUCACCGCCACCGCUGUCAUCCACGGCUGCUCGUUCAUCCCCCUGCCAGACGCAGAGUUCCACCCCCAACCCACCUGCAGGAGGACGGGCACCGACCGCAGGAGCAUCCUGGCCGUGGUUGACAAUGACCAGAGAGAGAAACCACAGGAGGAGGACUCGCUGAACACGCUGUCCUCAGACCAGACCUGCUUGCUUUUCGACACCUAUCCUUCCUGUCUGCUGUCACUGGGCUGGGAGUCCCCCCUGCGUGAACCAUCUCCCUCCCGCCUCCGCUACCCCUCCCCCAGAAGAGAGCUCUCCCCUCGAGGACGCUCCUGCUCCUCCCCCCGAUGGGACUCCACCCCCCUGCGGCCCAGCUCUCCCAGCCUGAUCCCCAUCCAGCACCUCUCCCCAGCCUCCAUGGAAAGGCCCCUGUCCCCCGGAGCGGAGCAGGGAGGGAGGAAAGAGCCAUUGGCGAGGGGCCGUCAGAGGGUGGUCCUAAGGGCUGUGUCCCCGCGGCGAGGCUCGCACCAACACAGAGGAGGGGAGAAGAUCAGGCACCAGGUCAAGACUGAGCUGGUCCCACAACCAGAGACCACAGAGAUGGAACUGGAUCAACGGAGCAGCAUACCCCAAAAUCUGUCUGGUCCUGCCGGUUCCCCCCACCAGAACCUCCUCAGCCAUCUACCCCUUCACUCCCAGUUGCAGACCCGGAGCCUCCUCCCUGUGGUUCCCAUCGGUGGGAUCCAGCUGGCGCCUUGCUCCCUGCUCUCCUCCAGCUCAGCCCAGGGUCCCUCUCCAGCUCCCAGCCCCCAGACCAGUGACAGCCCAGGAGGAAGCACUCUGGACGGCUACAUCAGAGCUCAAGACAACGGGGAGGAAGACUCGACCCAGCUGUGUGACAGUCUCUCCCCCCACCAGGACUCCCUUGAGAAUGCCCCGCACCUCACCAUCAACAACAUCAAGCAAGAAGAGAAUGUCCAGACCUGCAUGAAAGCAAUCGCCUCCCUCAGCAUCACCUCAGGGGAUAUUAAGUAGGCCCUCAACAUAGAAACACCCUGGAGGAUGGAUACACCUCCAGUGUGUGUGGGUUUGCUAGAUCCCACAAUCCGCAGAUCCCUCUGCCCAUCCAUGACCUCUUACAUGACCUUUUAAGGCUUUAUCUUGUCCAUGGACUAUCUUUACGGUUAAGAAGCAGCCAUGUUGCUAGGUUUGCUAGAGACUGGUUUGAUUUAUUAAUUCAGAGGCAGGAGUCCAGGGGACGUUUUGUGGGUAAAUGUGCAAUAUGGAAAGAAAUUAAGCUUAAAUAUCCCUUUAUUUGACGUAGUAGUUUGCAUAUAAUUGCACACAAACAUAUUUAUUGAUACAAAUAUCUAUACCCAAUGUGCAUACAAACAAUGUAUGUGUACUUUAAAAAUAGACUGUUGUUUAAUGUAUUCAUAUCGAAUGGUGUAAGGGUGUAAUUGUUAAAGUAAGGAUUUAAUCCUAAGGAAAAUGAAGAAAAGGGUAGUGUCUGUAUUAAAAAAAAACUGUCAGACCAAAUUUUUGUAGACCUGCUUAUUGUGCAAUUUGGUGCUUUUGAAUAAGCCUCAUAAUUAUGUGCCUUUUUAUUUUGCUUAAUUGCCCUGUUUUGUCAUUACUGAGCAAGAAGAAGUGUUUCGGAAGUAAUUUCCAAAGUGUCGGAAGUGAAGUGUUAUUGUCAGUGAGAUUGCUCUUAUCCAUAGCCUUUGAUUUGUGUAAACUAAACUGCUGUUAAGCGCAGCUUGACUUCUGUUCUACAAUCAACGUGAAAUGUUUUACUUUGUUGCGUUUUCUCAGUGUUGUGGUUUAUCUUUGCAAAAGGCAUGAGUUUUGUUAUUGCACAAUUAGAGAAAUGUAAUUAUGUAUAAGAUGUCUUUAUAACAUUAGAAGGUAAGCACUUAUCGAUCCUGGUAUAUAUUUGAGUACUAUUUAUACACUAUAUAAAUAUAUAGAUACCUAUACGUCUGCAUCGGUGAGCAGGCUGAAAUUGCUUUUUAACAGUCAUUGCUUUAUUGGCUUAACCGAUUUUAGUUUGUUUGUAAAGACCAUGGAACUAAUGAAUGUGAAUAUGCACUUUCAUCUAAACUUGGAUGACAAACUGAUUUGGUUGGUUAAGAAGAAGCUACAAUCAGAAUUUAUUCAAAUAUGAGUUUAAACAUUCCAGUUAUUUGAUUGAUUUCUCAUUUUCUGUGCGUGUUCGGCGAGCGAGCUCACAUGCAGGUACGGUAAGCAUCAGGGGCUUGCUUUGUAUUUAUUUUAAGCGUCGCAAAAUGACUAUCAUUACUGUUUUAUGUACUGUAGUAUGAUUAUGUUUAGGUGUCGAAGGUUAGGGUAGGAUGCUUCAGCUCAAAACGUUUUUCACUUAAAUGCAUAUUUACUUUCUGUCAUUUGAUGACUUCAGCUGUGGCGUUGCAUCCGGGAUCUUCUAUGUGAUUUGUUGGUAUCUGUUUGAAGGUAUUUUGACUUCAGUUUAAUGUAAGGACAAAGGGAAACUUCUAUUCAGAAUAACAACCGUCUACUACGACAGGGAAAGAAAAUCACAUUUACAUCUUCAAAAGUAACAAACACUAGUUUGUUCAAUAUUUUGUAAACACAUUUUAUUCCCUCAUGUUUACAUUAUGAAUUACUGGUGUACUUCUCAUUUUAGUUUGAACACAUCGAGUCUUGAGAGUAAUGAUCCAAAUGUUAACAAUGUAUAAUGCCAACAGUGUUCAAUGCUCGUUCUUGAUUAACGGAAAUGGGUGGUCUUCAUUUUCCGUUCCAUUUAAAUUCAAUGUUUGUGACUGUUAAAAUUGUUUUAUUUUGUAUUGUAUUUACGGAACUGGAUUGUGCCUCAUGUUUUCAACACUCCCUGUGCACAUACAGAGAACAGAUUAUUUAUCUCUGCAAUGGCAUUUUAAAGGUACAUUUUGGGGCAUAAUCGCUUGUUUAGUUGUUAAGCGUCAUUAUGGAUAGUACGGAAGGAGUGCCUCUUUUACUCUAAUAGGGAAUUUAUUGUUUGGUGCUCUACUUUUUAAGAUUACAUUUAAAAUUGUUUUAAAAGAAGAUACUCCUAAUC